GCUCUGCUGAGUGGGUCUGCCGGAGCAGCUGCUUUGAGAAAGUGCGAGAGGAGUUUCGCAUCCCUGGAAAGGUAUCGAGUCCGGAUUCCUCCCCACAAAAAUGCCAUGGUCAGAGCGCAGAAGCCUAAAAAAAGAGAGAGAGCCAGAAAGAAACCAGGUUGGCUAAGCACGCGGAGCGUUCACACGUUCAUUUGCUUCCCGCUUAUGCAGGUGGCGACUCUGACACGCGGGGUGCACGUGUGCACGGCUUCCUUCAGCAAAGCAUUGUGUUCGCGGGGGGUGGGGGUUGCUUACUGACGUCUGCAGUCGUGGAGGGGUGUGAACACGUACACGUGUUGGACGUGGAAGCUUUACAGACGUACUAUCCAUGCCAGAGCUUGAUUACGAAAUCGGAGGAGAUGAUAGGAUCAUAGAAUUGUAGUGUUAGAAGGGACAUUGAGGAUCAUUUAUAGUCCAGCCUCCUGCAAUACAGGAAUAUGUCAGCCGCACGAGCUUCACUGCUUAAUUGUUUUUUUAAAAAAACACAACAACAAAAGUGUAGGCGCCAAAAGGUAGAUUUCUUGCAAAUGUGGAACAGGUUGCACCUGUCAGAGGGUCAGUUCCUGCAGCCGAAGAUGCUUAGAAAGCAGGACCCAGGCCAGAAUGAGCAGCCUUACAGAACGUACUUUAAUGUGUUGGGCAGCAGACAGAAGGCCAAGCACAUCUGCAGUGUUGCCAUUUCUGCCUCACCAGCUGCCCACACUAAGCCUCUGAAGAGGCACCCAUCUACCACCUUGCUAGGGUCCUUGUUCCGUCCUGAGGAGAGUGUGUGACGUGAUACAGCUUUCAUAACUGCCUAUAACUAAGCAUAGAAGUGUAGUAAUCGUACCGCUCUAUUCUGCCUUGGUCAGACCACACCUGGAAUACUGUGUCCAGUUCUGGGCACCACAAUUUAAGAAGGGUGUUGACAAGCUGGAAUGUGUGCAGAGGAGGGCAACCAAGAUGAUCAAGGGUCUAGAAGCCAAGACUUAUGAGGAAUGGUUGAAGGAGCUGGGUAUGUUUAGCCUGGAAAAGAGGAGACUGAGAGGAGAUAUGAUUUUUGUUUUUUUUAGUCAUUUAGUCGUGUCCGACUCUUCAUGGCCCCAUGGACCAGAGCACGCCAGGCACUCCUGUCUUCCACUGUCUCCCGCAGUUUGGUCAAACUCAUGUUAGUAACUUCGAGAACACUGUCCAGCCAUCUCAUCCUCUGUCAUCCCCUUCUCCUUGUGCCCUCCAUCUUUCCCAACAUCAGGGUCUUUUCCAGGGAGUCUUCUCUUCUCAUGAGGUGGCCAAAGUAUUGGAGUCUCAGUUUCAGGAUCUGUCCUUCCAGUGAGCACUCAGGGCUGAUUUCCUUCAGAAUGGAUAGGUUUGAUCUUCUUGCAGUCCAUGGGACUCUCAAGAGUCUCCUCCAGCACCAGAAUUCAAAAGCAUCAAUUCUUCGGCAGUCUUCUUUAUGGUCCAGCUCUCACUUGCAUAUAAUAGCUAUCUUCAAAUGUGUAAACCAGGGGUCAGCAACCUUUUCCAGCCGUGGGCCGGUCCACCGGCCCUCAGACCAUGUGGUGGACCGGACUAUAUUUUUGGGGGGGAAAUUAACAAAUUCCUGUGCCCCACAAAUAAACCAGAGAUGAUUUUAAAUAAAAGCACACAUUCUACUCAUGUAAAAACAUGCUGAUUCCCAGACCCUCCGUGGGCCGGAUUGAGAAGGUGAUUGGGCCGCAUUUGGCCCCUGGGCCUUAGGUUGCAUACGCCUGAUCUAAACGGCUUUCACAUGGAGGAUGGAUCAAGUUUCCUUUCUCCUGCUCUGGAGGGUAGGACCCGAACCAAUGGAUUCAAGUUACAAGAAGAGAUAUUCCGACUAAACUUCAGGAAGAACUUUCUGAGGGGAAGUGGAACGGUCUCCCUUGGGAGGUUGUGGACUCUCCUUCCUUGCAAGUUUUUAAGCAGUGGUUGGAUGGCCAUCUGUCAUGGACGCUUUAGCUGAGAUUCCUACAUUGCGGGGGUUGGACUAGAUGACCCUUGGUCCCCUUCCAAUUGAAAUGUAAAGAUAAAGAAGGUACCUUUUACCAUAUGUGGUGGACGUGUCCUAAGGUGAAAGACUUCUGGGGAAAGAUUUAUAAUGAAUUUUUAAAAAUGUUGAAAUAUACAUUUAUUAAGAAACCAGAAGCCUUUCUACUGGGAAUAAUAGGAUUGGAACUGCCCAAAAAGGAUAUUAGAUUGUUUUUGUAUGCCACCACUGCAGCAAUAAUUUUAUUAGCCAAAAAUUGGAAAUCGCAAGAAAUACCAACAAUAGAAGAAUGGCAGAUGAAGAUGUUGGACUUUUUGGAGCUGGCCGACCUGACUGGAAGAAUCCCCAAUCAGAAAGAAGAGGAACACCAAGAACAAUGGAAGAAGUUUAAAGACUAUUUAAUUAAAUAUUGUAAUAUAAGACAACUAGAAGCUACUUGAAUUUAUCAGUUUGGUUCAGGAAUAGAAUAUGAUUAAAGUGUAAAACAUUAUGGGAGAAAUUAUGAAAAGAAGCUAAGAAAGUAAUUUGAAAAAGUAAAUUUUGUCAGAAAGAAGAGAUUGGAAAACUGCUACAAGGGGAAACAACGGAACUCAGUUAGGGGGGAUUUGAGGAAGUCAAUUAACAAUCAAAAGCAAAUUGGAUUUUAGAAGGAUUGGGUUUAUUGAGGAGAUUUCACCCCUCCCAUAUCCAAGAAUCUCCUGAGGAGUCUGCUGAUUCUCCAGAGAGGAGGAGGCGUGUUCUGCUCUCUACUUACUCUGCUCCAGCACCAAGUCAGUCAGUGUCGGGCAGAGAGAGAGAGAGAGAGAGAGACUGAGUGUUAGAGAUCGUGUGUAGAGAUAAGGUUGCUGCUAAGAGCAGCUGCAGACACUCAGUGCAGCAUUCAUUUAUGCUUAGACCUAUUAAGCUCUGUAUAUAGUUUGUAUAGUUGUAGAUAGAAUAAAGAAGAUAUUCUACAGAGCUGCUCUCCGAGUUGUUUAUAUACUCUGCUAGACUCUGCUAGACUCUGCUGUGCGACGACUGUCUUCUUGUAGAAGUGAAUCCAGUGCUCACAGCUCUAAGCUGUGAGUCCACAGCACUUUGACCUGUUCCUGUGCAGAAGGUGGUCUCUGGAAGUGCUACCCAGCUCGCCUAGCCCAGUUGGGCUGAAGUGGAUGAGUCCAGUUGGUGGCACUGGCUCAAGGGCGAUGCUGACAUUUAUUUGUAUGUCCUUUUUAUCAUUUUUCUUUUCCUUUUCUUUCUUUUUUCUUUUUUGUGUGUUAUAUUUGUUAUAAACCUGGAAAAUUAAUUAAAAAAUGGGGGGGGGGGGAGAGAGCUGUGUGUUUGAGUGCUUAACUUGGCCCCUUUCAGCCUCCCCAAAUUUCUCCCUCUCCUGCAGCGAUGCCCGAGGGCCCGACUGUGAAGAGGUUCCAGCUUCACUGCUCCUCAUUUGUGGGGCAGGGUGUGACCAAAGUAGGGGGAAGCACAAAGCAGAUGAACCCGGAUGAUCUGAAGGGGCUGAUGCUGCAAGACACUCAGGUGAGUCUCGCACCCAUUUGGCUCCCCCAAAUACUUUGUGUAUUUUUCCCUCGUCUCUGCUGCAAUUCAUUUGAAUUUUUACAGCAUUCAUUUUUUUUUUAAAAUAAUUUUUAUUAAAGUUUCAAUCAAAAAUUAAACAACAAACAAAAACAAAAAAAAAAACAUAAAAAAAUACACAAAUACACAAUACAAAUCCCAGAAAGAAAAUAAAAAAAACACGAAGAGCAAGAAUCAACAAUUAAAAAAAACACAUAACAAUUAAAAACAAUAUCUCUUUUCCAUUUCCGUUUUUGAAUUUACUUAUUUUCUGGACUUCCUCAUACCUCCCUCUUUUGUAUUCCAAUCCAAAUUGUUUGUCCAGCAAUUUCUUUUCCACUUUUUUAAUCCCAAUCUUUAAUUUUAAUAUAAUAUAUAACUUCAACUUCUUUAAACCUAAUCUUUGAUCUUAAUGUAAUAUAACAUUGAAAUUUUACCUCUUAAUUGUCAAGUUUCCAUUUCCUUAAACAUCUUUAAACCUAAUCUUUAAUCUUAGACUAAUCUUAGUCUAUCAUUAACUUUAACCUGUACAGCUGGAAACCGCUUAUAUUCAGUCCAACAUCACUCUAGCAUUCUUUAAUUCUGCAAUGUUUCUGAAGAUAGUCUUUGAAUUUCUUCCAGUCUUCCUCCACCAACUCUUCUCCCUGGUCACGGAUUCUACCAGUCAUUUCCGCCAGUUCCAUAUAGUCCAUUAAUUUCAUCUGCCAUUCCUCCAGCGUGGGAAGUUCUUGUGUCUUCCAAUACUUUGCGAUGAGUAUUCUUGCUGCUGUUGUUGCAUACAUAAAGAAAGUUCUAUCCUUUUUAACACCGUUUGGCCGACUAUGCCCAGGAGAAAGGCCUCUGGUUUCUUAGGGAAGGUAUAUUUAAAUACCUUUUUUAAUUCAUUAUAUAUCAUUUCCCAGAAAGCCUUGAUCUUUGGGCAUGUCCACCAAAGGUGAAAAAUGUACCUUCAAUUUCCUUACAUUUCCAACAUUUGUUAUUGGGCAAAUGAUAAAUUUUUGCAAGCUUGACUGGGGUUAUGUACCACCUGUAUAUCAUUUUCAUAAUAUUCUCUCUUAAGGCAUUACAUGCUGUAAAUUUCAUACCUGUGGUCCACAACUGUUCCCAGUCAGCAAACAUAAUGUUAUGUCCAACAUCUUGUGCCCAUUUAAUCAUAGCCGAUUUUACCGUUUCAUCCUGAGUAUUCCAUUUCAACAGCAAGUUAUACAUCUUUGACAAAAUCUUAGUUUUGGGUUCUAACAGUUCUGUUUCUAAUUUGGAUCUUUCCACCUGGAAGCCAAUUUUCUUGUCCAAUUUAAAUGCCUCCAUUAUCUGAAAAUAAUGAAGCCAGUCUCGCACUUUGUUUUUAAUUUUUCAAAACUCUGCAAUUUCAGUCUAUCUCCGUCUUGUUCCAAAAUUUCCCAAUAUUUCGGCCAUUUGACCUCCAUAUUGACCUUUCUCAAGGCUUUCACUUCCAUUGGUGACAGCCACCUUGGGGUUUUGUUUUCUAACAAGUCCUUAUAUCUUAUCCAAACAUUAAAUAGCGCUUUCCUGACAAUGUGGUUUCUAAAUGCUUUAUGUGCUUUGACAUUAUCAUACUAUAAAUAUGCAUGCCAUCCAAAUACAUUAUUAAAACCUUCCAAGUCCAAAAUGUCAGUGUUUUCAAGAAGUAGCCAUUCUUUCAACCAGCAGAAGGCUGCUGAUUCAUAGUAAAGUUUGAGGUCUGGCAGGGCAAAUCCGCCUCUUUCCUUUGCAUCUGUUAGAAUUUUAAAUUUUAUUCUGGGCUUCUUGCCCUGCCAAACAAAUUUAGAAAUAUCUUUCUGCCACCUCUUGAAACAAUCCAUUUUGUCAACAAUCUGCAAAGUUUGAAACAGAAACAACAUUCUAGGCAAUACAUUCAUUUUUAUCGCAGCAAUACGGCCUAGCAGUGAAAGCUUCAAAUUUGACCAAAUUUCUAAGUCUUUUUCACUUCAGACCAACAUUUUUCAUAAUUAUCUUUAAAUAAAUUCCCAUUUUUUGCUGUCAUGUUAAUCCCCAGGUAUUUAACUUUCUUAACCACUGUUAAACCUGUCUCAUUCUGAAACCUCUCUCUUUCAAACGGUGUUAAAUUUUUCUCUAAAACCUUGGUUUUUAACUUGUUCAAGAAUUUUUACAGCAUUCAGAAUAAUACUUCUGUAUGUUUAUUCAAAACCUGCCAAGGAUUCCAGUUCAUUUUGUUGUCUCUUUAAGUAGUUUGUAAAAAGUUCCCAUUCUUCUUUGAAGUCACAGUUGUCUUUCUCUCGCAAUUUGUAUGUCAGUUUUGCAUAACAGAUAGAUAAUUUAAGGAUUUAUAAAAUUUUACAAUAUGCAGAGAAUAAUAUGUGUUGAGAAAUCAGAGAGUGGAGCUGAGGGAAGUCACGGGGGGGGGAGGCGGAGGGCUUUUUGUGGAGGGGGAGGGAAAAAAGAGGGAGGAAAUAAUGAAGAGGAUAUGUUUUGAUAAUUUGUUAUGUUGAAAUUCUUAAUAAAAAUUAUUUUCAAAAAAAAAAGAAAGGGAAAAAAAGAAUAAUAUUGCUGUAAAUUGGUGGGAUCUAGACUUGACCUAAAUUUCUGGAAUCAAGUGGGUGCUAGAAUUUAAUUAAUGCUUGGAGUAUUAAAACUAGGUAGUCACACCCAAUGUGUUUUUAAGCUGUUGGACGCGUCAACAGCUACUAAAGAUAAGCUGCUUUGACAUCUGUAUUGGAUGUUUCUAAAUCCUCUGAAAUUAGCAUGUGCAGUAUUAAGUUUUAAUUAGGCCAAGCCCAAGAUGAUGCUUUGAGUGAUGUAAAGGUAAAGGGACGCCUGACCAUUAGGUCCAGUCGCAGCCGACUCUGGGGUUGCGGUGCUCAUCUCGCUUUACUGGCCGAGGGAGCCGGCGUACAGCUUCCGGGUCAUAUAGCCAGCAUGACUAAGCCGCUUCUGGCGAACCAGAGCAACGCACGGAAACGCCUUUACAUUCCCGCCGGAGCAGUACCUAUUUAUCUACUUGCACUUUGACGUGCUUUUGAACUGCUAGGUUGGCAGGAGCAGGGACCGAGCAACGGGAGCUCACCCCGUCGCGGGGAUUCGAACCGCCGACCUUCUGAUCGGCAAGUCCUAUGCUCUGUGGUUUAACCCACAGCGCCACCCGAGUCCCCUUUUGAGUGAUGUAUUAACAGCUAAUUAACAGACCAGUUUCCUUGUAGGGAGCUACUGGCAGCUUAGCUGGUAGAGCAUGUCUUUAUCAGUGAUGGCCAAACUUUCCUCUCCAGCUGUUUUGGGACUACAACUCCCAUCAUCUCUAGCUAACAGGACCGAUGGUCAGGGGUGAUGGGAAUUGUAGUCCCAAAACAGCUAGAGGGCCAGUUUUGGGCAUCACUGUUAGAGUCAUGGGUUCAAACGCCACAUUGGGCAAAAGAUUCCUGCAUUGCAGGGGGUUGGACUAGAUGACCCUCGGGGUCCCUUCCAGCUCUUACAAUUCUAUGGCUCUAUGAUAGCCUGUUUGGUAAUGAUCUGCUAGCACAACAAAGGCUCAAAUGCCAAUCUCCUUUGCAAACGAUUUCUCCCUCAACUGAGAAGCCAAUGCUAGUGUUUUAGGAAUGACAGUUUGGAGUUAUGGAACGGAGUUAGCAAGCAGCGGGUUGGGGAGAGAGAGUCAGAGAGCGAUGGUGUUGCUGUGUGCCUCCCAGAUUUUUCCUGAUGAGCUUGUGAAGUUGCUAUGUGAGUUCAUUCUGAAGACUUCGGCAAGUAUCCCAUCAGGUCCACCGGCUUGGUUGUUUUCCAGUUGGUGGUUGUUGUUGUUUAGUCGUUUAGUCAUGUCCGACUCUUCGUGACCCCAUGGACCAGAGCAUGCCAGGCACUCCUGUCUUCCACCGCCUCCCGCAGUUUGGUCAGGCUCAUGUUUGUAGCUUCGAGAACACUGUCCAACCAUCUCGUCCUCUGCCGUCCCCUUCUCCUUGUGCCCUUCAUCUUUCCCAACAUCAGGGUCUUUUCCAGGGGUCUUCUCUUCUCAUGAGGUGGCCAAAGUAUUGGAGCCUCAGCUUCAGGAUCUGUCCUUCCAGUGAGCACUCAGGGCUGAUUUCCUUCAGAAUGGAGAGGUUUGAUCUUCUUGCAGUCCAUGGGACUCUCAAGAGUCUCCUCCAGCACCAGAAUUCAAAAGCAUCAAUUAUUCGGCGAUCAGCCUUCUUUAUGGUCCAGCUCUCACUUCCAUACAUCACUACUGGGAAAACCAUAGCUUUAACUAUACGGACCUUUCUUGGCAAGGUGAUGUCUCUGCUUUUUAAGAUGCUGUCUAGGUUUGCCAUCGCCUUUCUCCCAAGGAGCAGGGGUCUUUUAAUUUCGUGACUGCUGUCACCAUCUGCAGUGAUCAUGGAGCCCAAAAAAGUAAAAUCUCUCGCUGCCUCCAUUUCUUCCCCUUCUAUUUGCCAGGAGGUGAUGGGCCCAGUGGCCAUGAUCUUCAUUUUUUUGAUGUUGAGCUUCAGACCAUAUUUUGUGCUCUCCUCUUUCACCCUCAUUAAAAGGUUCUUUAAUUCCUCCUCGCUUUCUGCCAUCAAGGUUGUGUCAUCUGCAUAUCUGAGGUUGUUGAUAUUUCUUCCGGCAAUCUUAAUUCCGGCUUGGGAUUCAUCCAGUCCAGCCUUUCGCAUGAUGAAUUCUGCAUAUAAGUUAAAUAACCAGGGAGACAAUAUACAGCCUUGCCGUACUGCUUUUCCAAUUUUGAACCAAUCAGUUGUUCCAUAUCCAGUUCUAACUGUAGCUUCUUGUCCCACAUAGAGAUUUCUCAGGAGACAGAUGAGGUGAUCAGGCACUCCCAUUUCUUUAAGAACUUGCCAUAGUUUGCUGUGGUCGACACAGUCAAAGGCUUUUGCAUAGUCAAUGAAGCAGAAGUAGAUGUCUUUCUGGAACUCUCUAGCUUUCUCCAUAAUCCAGCGCAUGUUUGCAAUUUGGUCUCUGGUUCCUCUGCCCCUUCGAAAUCCAGCUUGCACUUCUGGGAAUUCUCGGUCCACAUACUGCUUAAAUCUGCCUUGUAGAAUUUUAAGCAUAACCUUGCUGGCAUGUGAAAUGAGUGCAAUUGUGCGGUAGUUGGCGCAUUCUUUGGCACUGCCCUUCUUUGGGAUUGGGAUGUGGACUGAUCUUCUCCAAUCCUCUGGCCACUGCUGAGUUUUCCAAAUGUGCUGGCAUAUUGAGUGUAGCACCUUGACAGCAUCAUCGUUUAAAAUUUUAAAUAGUUCAGCUGGAAUAUCAUCACUUCCACUGGCCUUGUUAUUAGCAGUGCUUUCUAAGGCCCAUUUGACUUCAUUCUCCAGGAUGUCUGGCUCAAGGUCAGCAACCACACUACCUGGAGUGUACGAGACAUCCAUUUCUUCUUUCUGGUAUAAUUCCUCUGUGUAUUCUUGCCACCUCUUCUUGAUGUCUUCUGCUUCUGUUAGGUCCUUUCCACUUUUGUCUUUUAUUAUGGUAAUCUUUGUACGAAAUGUUCCUUUCAUAUCUCCAAUUUUCUUGAACAGAUCUCUGGUUUUUCCCAUUCUAUUGUUUUCCUCUAUUUCUUUGCAUUGCUCGUUUAAGAAGGCCUUCUUGUCUCUCCUUACUAUUCUUUGGAAAUCUGCAUUCAAUUUCCUGUAUCUUUUACUAUCUCCCUCACAUUUUGCUUGCCUUCUCUCCCCCACUAUUUGUAAGGCCUCGUUGGACAGCCACUUUGCUUUCUUGCAUUUCCUUUUCAUUGGGAUGGUUUUAGUUGCUGCCUCCUGUAUAAUGUUACGAGCCUCCAUCCAUAGUUCUUCAGGCACUCUGUCCACCAAAUCUAAAUCCUUAAACCUGUUCCUCACUUCCACUGUGUAUUCAUAAGGGAUUUGACUUAGAUUGUAUCUUACUGGCCCAGUGGUUUUUCCUACUUUCUUCAGUUUAAGCUUGAAUUUUGCCCAAAGAAGCUGAUGAUCUGAGCCACAGUCAGCUCCAGGUCUUGUUUUUGCUGACUGUAUAGAGCUUCUCCAUCUUUGGCUGCAGAGAAUAUAAUCAAUCUGAUUUCGAUGCUGCCCAUCUGGUGAUGUCCAUGUGUAGAGUCGUCUCUUGUGUUGUUGGAAAAGAGUGUUUGUGAUGACCAGCUUGUUCUCUUGGCAGAACUCUAUUAGCCUUUGCCCUGCUUCGUUUUGAACUCCAAGGCCAAACUUGCCAGUUGUUCCUUUUAUCUCUUGACUCCUACUUUAGCAUUCCAAUCCCCUAUAAUGAGAAGAACAUCCUUCUUUGGUGUCAUUUCUAUAAGGUGUUGUAAGUCUUCAUAGAAUUGGUCAAUUUCAGUUUCUUCAGCACCAGUGGUUGGUGCAUAAACUUGGAUUACUGUGAUGUUAAAAGGUCUGCCUUGGAUUCAGUAUCGAGAUCAUUCUAUCAUUUUUGAGAUUGCAUCCCAGUACAGCUUUUGCCACUCUUUUGUUGACUAUGAGUGCCACUCCAUUUCUUUUACGGGAUUCUUGCCCACAGUAGUAGAUAUGAUGGUCAUCCGAACUGAAUUCGCCCAUUCCCAUCCAUUUUAGUUCACUGAUGCCCAGGAUGUCAAUAUUUAUUCUUGCCAUCUCAUUUUUGACCACAUCCAACUUACCAAGGUUCAUGGUUCUUACAUUCCAGGUUCCUAUGCAAUAUUUUUCUUUACAGCAUUGGACUUUCCUUUCGCUUCCAGGCAUAUCCGCAACUGAGCGUCCUUUCGGCUUUGGCCCAGCCGCUUCAUCAGCUCUGGAUCUACUUGUACUUGUCCUCCGCUCUUCCUCAGUAGCAUGUUGGACGCCUUCCGACCUGAGGGGCUCAUCUUCCAGCGUCAUAACUUUUAUAUGCCUGUUGUCUUUGUCCAUGGAGUUUUCUUGGCAGGGAUACUGGAGUGGCUUGCCAGUUCCUGCUCCAGGUGGAUCACGUUUGGUCAAAACUCUCCACUAUGACCUGUCCAUCUUGGGUGGCCCUGCACAGCAUAGCUCAUAGCUUCUCUGAGUUAUUCAAGCCCCUUCGCCACGGCAAGGCAGUGAUCCAUGAAGGGGCCAGUUGGUGGUGCUGUGGUCUAAACCACUGAGCCUCUUGGGCUUGCUGAUCAGAAGGUUGGAGGUUUGAAUCCCCACAACGGAGUGAGCUCCCGUUGCUCUGUCCCUGCUCCUGCCAACCUAGCAGUUUGAAAGCACGCCAGUGCAAGUAGAUAAAUAGGUACCACUGCAGUGAGAAGGUAAACGGCGUUCCCGUGUGCCCUGGUUUCCAUCAGGGUGUUCCAUUGUUUAAGAAGCAGUUUAGUCAUGCUGGCCACAUAAUCCGGAAAACUGUCUGUGGACAAACGCCGGCUCCCUCAGCCUGAAAGCGAGAUGAGUACCGCAACCCCAUAGUCGCCUUCGACUGGACUUAACCGUCCAGGGGUCCUUUACCUUUACCCAUAGCUGUACAGUCAUACCUCAUGUUACGUUUGCUUCGUGUUACGUUCUUUCAGGUUACGUCCCGCAGCGACCCGGAAGUACUGGAAAGGUUUAUUUCCGGGUUUCGCCGCUCGCACAUGCGCAGAAGUGCAAAAUGACGUCAUGCACAUGUGCAGGAGCAGCGAAUCGCAACCCACACGUGUGCAGACGCGCCACUGCAGGUUGCGCUCUUUUCAUGUUGCGAACGGGCCUCCGGAACAGAUCCCGUUCACAGCCAGAGGUACCACUGUUCACAACUCUAGAUGGCUCUUGAGGUUCCUUCCAACUCUAUGAUUUCUUUAUUCUAUGAACUCUGGAAAUUGUACACCUGUAUGAUGAAUACAGUGUAGAACAGAAAACGAUGCCUUCUGAUAUCCCCAAUUUUUUUCAGGUCCUUGGGAAGAAUUUGUUCCUGGCUUUUGGUGGAGUUCAGGAAGCAGCGACAAGCCACGAGGGCUCGUCUACAGAACCUUCCGAACCCGGGUCAAGCAGCCAGGGGAUGGGCCUUGACAGAGGCAGUCCCAUUCUCCAGAGCUGGGAAGGAGGCAAGGCCGACUCUGGGGGUCCGGGGGGCCCCCUGCAGGAGGAGCAUGAAGCUGAUUUGCCAUCAUUUAUGGACGACACUGCCGGACCCCCUUGGAAAUGGCUACGAUUCCACUUUUGGCUCUAUGGGAGCGUCCGUGCCAAUGAGUUUGCAAGGGCCAACAAGGCUAAUAAAAGAGGGGACUGGAAAGAUCCAGUUCCCAGGUACGAAUUUGAUAAUUGCUACGCUGUGCAGAGGGACGCGGGUGGUGCUGUGGGUUAAAGCACAGAGCCUAGGACUUGCUGAUCAGAAGGUCGGCAGUUCGAAUCCCUGUGAAGGGAGGCGUUGCGCAUUUUGAGCAGCCAGCUUUUCUCAUGAAACGCAAGGAAGUGAACAGGAGCACCAAACUGCCCAUGAAUUAUAAUCCCCAGAUUUGCACGGCUGCGUAAGAUUGAAGUGUCUUAAGCAAGAAUGAGAUAAACCUGCAUCUGGAAGUAUCAGCCUGCUAUGGGCCUAAGUCCCAAGGUGUUUAGGGCUUUGUAAAUGAGAGGUAAAGGGACGUGGGUGGCACUGUGGGUUAAACCACAGGGCCUAGGACUUGCCGAUCAGAAGGUUGGCGGGUCGAAUCCCCGCGACGGGGUGAGCUCCCGUUAUUCGGUCCCUGCUCCUGCCAACCUAGCAGUUCGAAAGCACGUCAAAGUGCAAGUAGAUAAAUAGGUACCGCUCUGGUGGGAAGGUAAAUGGCGUUUCCGUGCACUGCUCUGGUUCGCCAGAAGCGGCUUAGUCAUGCUGGCCACAUGACCCGGAAGCUGUAUGCCAGCUCCCUUGGCCAAUAAAGCAAGAUGAGCGUCGCAACCCCAGAAUCGGCCAUGACUGGACCUAAUGGUCAGGGGUCCCUUUACCUUUACCUUUACCUUUACGCUGUGCAGAUGCCACAAAAAAAUAGGCCCAGGUAGCUUCCUGUUUGCACAGAGUUGUGAGCAAAAAUUGUCAUAAGUCCUAAUGCAAGUGUUAGCCUACAGUGACAUGGAUUUCAAGCACUGGCAAAUAGACCAAGGCAGCAGCUUGCACUUUUUCUAAACCAGAGGUGCAGAACCUUCGGCUCACAGGCUAAUCUUUUUGCAAAAACACGUCCAGCCAUCCAUCAGCUGAUUGGCUGGGUCAGGGCCAGAUUUAGAGUUGUGCAGGCGGUUCCCUGUACCAGGCAUCAACCUAAGAGGGCCAACAACAACAACAACCUUUAUAUGAGUACCUACUGAGAAGAUCUACAAAAAUGUAACUUUACCAAAAAGAAUUAUUGUGCUAAUAGGAAAUAUUUAGGGAUGGGGGCACUAAAUUUCCUCCUUGCUCAGGGUGCCAUAUUACCAAAAUCCGCCCCGUCUGGCUUGGACUUCUAAUUUAAGCAAGCAGGUGGGCCAGAGGACAGAGGAUUCUGUGCAGUGUGUCCUCUCUCCUGUUGCUCGCUUGAAGGAGAAGUGUGCAGCUGCUUCAAAGAGCACUUUUGUGGAGCUCUGUUUUGAACCUGUGCAGGCUAUUUGAAGCAGCCUUCCUGCCUCUUUCAAACAUUGGCUGGGCGAGGUGGAGUUGAGGGGAGGAAUGCACCAGUCUGCAAUUUUGCAACGCCCUUUUCUAAACAUCACUGAGCAAUGUUAAAAGGAAGGGUACACUGCUUCAAAGAGUGCUUUUGCAAAGGGGUUUCAGACAGGUCUCCUUUGACGCAGACAGCAGAGCAGGGGGAAUUGUCUUAAAAGCCCCUUGCAAACAGUAGAAGGACUUUGAAGCUGUAGCAGGCUACCAACAGCCCAAUGUCUGCCUGAUGAUUGGAGACGCUGCACGUGGGAUUUGGAAAGAUGAGUGGAGCCACCCACCUGUCAAUCACUUGACACCAUUUGAUUGACAUACAGGUGGUCCCUGCUUCUCAGAUUUGGCCAGAUCACAAUAAGACUCUGGAUCAUAGAGACCAAAAUGUUUCCCCACCCCUAUUCUAAGACAAUAAGGUAAUCUUCGUUCGACUUUCAGGCUGGUUCUGCAUUUUGAUAGAGGGGGCUUUCUCGUCUUUUAUAACUGCCGGAUCCAUAGCUGUUCUUCUCCUACUGCUGAGCCAGCUACUGAUAUCCUGAGCUUGGAGUUUGAUCAGGAACGCGCUUUGGGGGCCCUGUGCAAAGCUGUACCUGUGUGCCACACCCUCCUGGACCAAAGAUAUUUCUCAGGGCUUGGUAUGUAUCGGGUUGUACAGUAUCUCUUUAGUUUUCUUCCCAGUACAGUGGUACCUUGGUUCUCAAACGUAAUCCGUUCCGGAAGUCCGUUCCAAAACCAAAGCAUUCCGAAACCAAGGCGAGCUUUCCCAUAGAAAGUAAUGCAAAAUGGAUUAAUCCAUUCCAGAUUUUUAAAAACAAUCCCUAAAACAGCAAUUUAACAUGAAUUUUACUAUCUAAGGACACCAUUGAUCCAUAAAAGGAAAUCAAUAAAAAAUGUACAGUGGUACCUCGGGUUACAGACACUUCAGGCUACAGAUGCUUCAGGUUACAGAUGCUUCAGGUUACAGACUAACCCAGAAAUAGUACCUUGGGUUAAGAACUUUGCUUCAGGAUGAGAACAGAAAUCACGGAGUGGCAGCACGGCAGCAGCGGGAGGCCCUAUUAGCUAAAGUGGUACCUCAGGUUAAGAACAGUUUCAGGUUAAGAACGGUGGUGAAGGUCCUGUGUGAGUGUCUGGAGGCGGGUGGAGGAUGGAUGGCGGCUAACAGAUUGAGGUUGAAUCCUGACAAGACAGAAGUACUGUUUUGAGGGAAAAGGAGGCGGGCGGUUGUGGAAGACUCCCUGGUCCUGAAUGGGGUAACUGUGCCCCUGAAGGACCAGGUGUGCAGCCUGGGAGUCAUUUUGGACUCGCAGCUGUCCAUGGAAGCACAGGUCAAUUCUGUGUCCAGGGCAGCUGUUUAUCAACUCCAUCUGAUACACAGGCUGAGACCCUACCUGCCCGCAGACUGUCUCACCAGGGUGGUGCAUGCUCUAGUUAUCUCCCACUUGGACUACUGCAAUGUGCUUUAUGUGGGGCUGCCUUUGAAGGCGACCUGUAAACUACAACUAAUCCAGAAUGCGGCAGCUAGACUGGUGACUGGGAGUGGCCGCUGAGACAAUAUAACACCGGUCCUGAAAGCCCUCCAUUGGCUCCCAGUACUUUUCCGAGCGCAAUUCAAAGUGUUGGUGCUGACCUUUAAAGCCCUAAACGGCCUCAUCCCAGUAUACCUGAAGGAGCGUCUCCACCCCCAUCAUUCAGCCUGGACACUGAGGUCCAGCUCCAAGGGUCUUCUGACGGUUCCGUCCCUGCAAGAAGUGAGGUUACAGGGAACCAGGCAGAGGCCUUCUCGGUAGUGCCCCCCCCCCCCCCCGUGGAACGCCCUCUCAUCAGAUGUCAAAGAAAUAAACAACUAUCAGACUUUUAGGAGACAUCUGAAGGCAGCCCUGUUUAGGGAAGCUUUUAAUAUUGGAUGAAUCAUUGUAUUUUAAUAUUCUGCUGGAAGCUGCCCAGAGUGCCUGGGGAAACCAAGCCAGAUGGGCGGGGUAUAAAUAAUAUAUUAUCAUUAUCAUUAUCAUUUUGUCUUCUUUUUUUUCUUUUUUUUUGUAUCUCUUCGCCUACUAUACCCAGUAAAAAGGCUUCUGGUUUUUUUUAACAAAAGUAUUUUUGAACAUUUUCUUUGACUCAUUAUACAGUGGUACCUCGGGUUAAGAACUUAAUUCAUUCUGGAGGUCCGUUCUUAACCUGAAACUGUUCUUAACCUGAAGUACCACUUUAGCUAAUGAGGCCUCCCGCUGCUGCCACCGCACAAUUUCUGUUCUCAUCCUGAAGCAAAGUUCUUAACCCGAGGUACUAUUUCUGGGUUAGCAGAGUCUGUAACCUGAAGCGUCUGUAACCCGAGGUACCACUGUAUAUCAUUUCCCAGAAAACCUUUACCUCUUUACAAGUCCACCACAUAUGGUAAAAGAUACCUUCCUUUUCUUUACAUUUCCAACACUCACUAGAUCUUGUCCUAUGCAUUUUAGCAAGUUUUGAUGUUGUUAAAUGCCCUGUUUUAAACAUUUCAUCCCAGGGAAUAUCAUUAAGAACGAGGCCCUGUACCUAGCGAAGAUCCAUCCACUCUCCCUCGGAUCCCUCCUGCCACUCCCGGAACUCAGGUCCCUACUUGACCAUGCUGUUCGCUUCGCCUCGGAGUGGUUCAUCAACAAGCAGCAGAGAGGGAGGCAACAUUGGCAGAUCUACCAGAAAGAGAGAUGCCCUGAAGGGCACCAGGUGAGGAAAGAAGCCUUUGGUCCCCCAGAUGGACUGAGAAGACUUACCUGGUGGUGUCCCCAGUGCCAGCCUCAAGUUGGUCAGGAAGAGGAUGAGGACCUUUCUACUCGCGGCAGUUGAAGGGUUAAGCCUCUCUGCCCCCGGUUGGAUUGUGCUAGGAUGCUAAAAUUUGAAGAGAGAGCAGUGCAGGGUGGGCGGGCACAUGCCCACGAUUGCUAUGGAGAAGCCACCCAAACCAUAACCAUUUCCAACCUGGUUUUAAUACUGACGAGUACUUACCAAGCGGCUAGUCCUCAUCGUAUUGUGGCAUUCAUGUCCCCAGUCCUCGCUUGGGUGAUGGUGGGGUGUUGUUGUUGUUUGAAAUGUGGCCUUGGGCCAUGUUAAGCGUGAGCCGGAUCACAGUUAAAUGAAAGAUGUUGGACUAACAAAAACGGAGACAGCUGUUGAACUUUGAGUUUCUCAGUAUGAAAGACAGAUUUUUCAGUUAGCAUAGCAGCCAAGGCUGUUGCAAUAGACAGCAGAAGUUUAGCAUUCUGCCUUUUUGGAGAAUGAGAGCCCCAUAUAGAUGUUGAGAAGUUCCUGGUUUCUGUAUUAAAGUUUUAUUCGUUCCUUGACAGAAA